AGGCGGCGCCGCUUCAACGCUGGGAUUCAACUGGAGAAAGGAUAAAGUGUCCAAACACAGGGAAAACUCCUGCUGAAGCGACUGAUCUCCACACUGUUAUAAAGAUGGCGUUUAUUAAAGAGGAGAGUGAAGAUGUGAAGAUUGAAGAAACAUUCAGAGUCAAACAGGAAGAUCUGCAGGAACAAACAGACCUGAUGGUGCGGAAAGAAGAGACUCAUCAAUGGAACGAAGUGAAAGAGAAACCCCAAGAAAUAACGACUGAUGAAAAACUCACACAGACUAAAAAGACUUCAUCACACAGAAGACCAUGGAAAUCUAAAUCUAGGUGUAAAACCUACAUGAGAAUUCCCACUGGAAAGUUCACAUGCCAAGAGUGUGGAAAAAGCUUCUGUCAUGCAGGACACUUCGCAGCGCACAUGAGAGUUCACACUGGGGAGAGGCCGUACAUGUGCCAACAGUGUGGAAAAAGCUUCUAUCAUGCAGGAAACUUGGCAGCGCACAUGAGAAUUCACACUGGGGAGAAGCCUUACUCUUGCCCUCAGUGUGGAAAGAGUUUUAAUCUAAAUGGCACCCUUGAAGUCCACAUGAGAACACACACUGGAGAGAGAAGUUUUACUUGCACACAGUGUGGGAAAAGUUUUUCUCAAAAACAAAACCUUCACACCCAGGAGAGGAUCGUUUUAGAUGCAGUGAGUGUGGAAAGGGCUUUAAACAUAAAAGAAGCCUCAGCACUCACAUGAAGCUUCACAAUGGAGAUCAGAGUCCUCAAAAAUGAGGUCUUGUCCACACAAACUGGGGUAUGUUUAAAACAGCAGCUUGUUCAUUUAGUUUGGCUGUUCAUUUACGAGAAGUUUAAUUAUAAACUACUUUCGAGAGGAUCACAUGCUUAUGAUGGUCCUGCAUUAGCUAACACAUGAUUCACCAAUCAGAUAAAUCCUAACUCACUGUAAAUUCCCAGAGUUUUUACCUCAGUUACCUUCGUCUUGAAGAAGCACCUUUCGCAAUUACCGCCUCGAGUCUUUUUGAAUCCAAUGCCACAAGCUUGGCACACCUGUCUUUGAAAAUUUUGCCCAUUCCUCUUUGCAGUACCUCUCAAGCUUUAUCAGGUUGGAUGGGAAUUGACGGUGUACAGCCAUUUUCAGAUCUCUCCAGAGAUGUGCAAUAGGAUUUAGAUCCGGGCUCUGGCAGGGCCACUCAAGGACAUUCACUGAGUUGUCGUGAAGCCACUCCAUUAGCCGCAUUUCCACUGUCAGGCCAGUGCAAGCCAGGGCUUUUAUUGGGCCGAGCCGGGCCAAUCGCCCGGAAGGUAGAGCAGUGAGGCCGAAAUCAUGUUGAGUUUCCACUGUCAGGCAAGUAGCUUGCAGCGCUUCAUGCAAGUCCCACCCCCAGAAAACAAGCAAACGACACGAUACCGUACAGCAGUACAUUAUAUGUCUAUACUGUGUGUUAUUAUUCAUCAUAUUCAUUUACUCACCGACCGACUGUUGGCAUUGAAAAAUCGAGUGGUCUCGCCAGCGCAUGGAGCGCACCAUACAUAAUAUAACACCACAGAAAUUCUCUGUUAAUAACUCGGUAGAAAAUGUAGUUUAUAAAAUCCUUAUUUAGAUAUACGCUGUCAAACAUUCAGCCCAAAUGCUCCAGAGAGCCCUGAAACAUUCAGUUUUCCCUAUAGGCUAUAUGACACUUAAUAGGUGAUUCCCCUUUAUUUUAGGAUGUUGCAUAUUAUUCUGUGAUCUUAAGUAAAGGAAAGUGUUAAGUAUUUCAGCACAUAAGAGCAAGUAAUAAAAUAUAGCCUAUAGUUUGUUGCGCUCAGCAGCUUUUCACUAACAAAGCUCUUCAUGUAUUUAAAGUUUUUCUUUUUUAAAUGUUACCACGUCAUAUAAAAGCAUAAACACUUGUUUGAGGACACAGAACACAUUUUGUAUUUGCAGUUUUCCUCGAUGUGUUUGUCAAGAGGCGCUGCGCAGGACAGAAAAAAAGGUAGCCUAUUUCUGCUUUCACUCACCCAUAAAAUGCUCUGUUUGCACGAUUUGAUUAAUAUCAUCAUAUUUAAAUACUUUAUGUAGUGUUUCAAACCUCCUCCGGUGUUUAUUGUUUUUAGAAAAUAUCUAAAAUCUUUAUUUCAGACAGGCCUUUGUAAAAUGAAAUUUAUAUUUGGCCUAACGGUUUGAUUUAUGUAUUGUAUAUACCUACAUUGUUAUAGCUAGCUUUUGUUUGUUUUAUAUUGGUUUAUAAAAAAUUCACCCCCCUCAGAUAAAACUCCAGAGGAAACGCUGGAUAGCCCGGUAAUGCGACAUUAAUUGUUUUACACUGAAACUUUCCUUCUAAAUGUGCUUUCUUGGUCUUAUCCAUAUUUCUUUGUAUGUUGAACACACGUCGGCCACAACAGGAAAUAAAAAAAAACUGCAACUGCGUUAAUUUUUUUAACACGUUAAAUAUUUCAAAUUAAUUGCAUGCGUUAACACACUAGUUUUGACAGCACUAAUAUAUAUCUGACUACUACUAACCAGCAAUGUUGGUGGGAUGGGAGGGGCAGACUUUUGACUACAAAAACCUGCAUUUAUGAAUGAAGAAUUUGGCAAAGCAUAAAAGGAUGUUAACCAGGUCAUGCUGUAUACAAUUUUAUUUAGUCACACCAAAUUUAACUUGUUUAUAGCAAAAAGGGUUUACAUGGAUAUUGACAGGAGACAUUCUGCCAUGUAUAUGAGCCUAAAAUAACUCCUAAAAUAAAAGCCUAAAAUAAAAAGAGUAUAUACAAUUGUAGAAAAUAUGCUCAGUGUUUUCAAUAUCACUGUUACAACCUUGACAAGAGUUCUCCUCAGUAUCAAAUCUCAGGAAUUCUGAGAUUCUGAGCUGAUUAUUAUGAAGCCUUUGAUUAAGAAUAUUCCUUAAAAACGUAUUAUUAAGCUGGGACUGACAUGAUCAUUGUUUUGAUUUCUAAUUAAGUACUCAAGGAGCUACACACUUAGCUGAAUUAGCUACAUUGAGCAGGACAUUUCUUUCAGUAUACUCUUAAAGAGAUGAAAAUAAAAUUAAUUCUGUCAUUAAUGACGCGUCCUUCACU